AUGGCGUUGCACUACAUAUUUGACGCAACAAUAAACGACUACUCUUUUGUUUCGCAGGUGGCUCAGCGAAUUAACGCGGACAUGCACAGAGCUUUAGAUGCUGCAGUGGCCAAGUUUGAAGCCGGAGACAUUACUGGCGUCGUUGAACUCGAAGGUUUAAUCUCCGUGAACCGCCUCUGCCACAAGCUGCUGAGCCGCUACCUGACGCUGGACGACUUCGAGGCGAUCCUCCGCGAGAGCGAUCACGGGGUGCUGGCUCCGUACGGCAGGAUCACUCUGCACGUCUUCUGGGAGCUUAAUUUCGAUUUCUUGCCGAAUUAUUGUUAUAAUGCUGCCACCGAUCGAUUUGUUAAAUGCCGCGGUAUACAGUUCGCCGCAAACGUGUCGCGCGAGAAGCCCCAGCAAUAUGGCCACGCUUUACUCUGGGGCUCUAAACAACUGUCUUUGGCGUACUCAGCGCAAUACGCACAGUACAAUGGGUUCGUGGGAGCUCAGCACCUCCACGCCCUGGUGCGGCUGCUGGGCUACCAGGGAGUGGCGGUGGUGGUGUCGGAGCUGCUGGACGUGGCGCGGGGCCUGCUGCACGGGACCAUCGCGCAGUUCACGCGGGCCUUAGCCGCGGCCAUGCCACGACACUGCAAGCUGCCGCGGUACGAUUAUGGAUCUAAUGGUGUGCUUGGCUACUACCACGCCCAGCUGACUGACAUAGUCCAGUACCCUGAUGCGAAGACGGAGCUGUUCCACGCGUUCAGAGAACUUGGCAAUAUAAUACUCUUCUGCAUGCUUAUUGAACAGGCUCUCAGUCAAGAGGAAGUGACAGAUUUAUUGCACGCGGCACCAUUCCAAAAUAUACUUCCUCGACCAUUCGCUGCUGAGGGAGAGAAACCGGAGACAAAGCAGAAACGUCUAGAAGCUAAGUACGCCGCGCUGCAGAUAGUUCAGAACGUGGAUAAAUAUGGAACUGCUAAGCAAGGCCAGUUGGCCCGCGAGGGCGACCUGCUGACCCGCGAGCGCCUGUGCUGUGGACUGUCGCUGUUCUCCGUGGUGCUGCGGCGGCUCCGCACCUGCCUGUCCGCCCCCCCAUGGCCCGCCCCACCAGCACCCCCCCACCACGCGCCGCUACACACUGACGACACGCACGAGUUCCACCGGCUGUGGUCAGCUCUCCAGUUCUUAUACUGCAUCCCAGUAGGAGAGACCCAGUUCACCGUCGAGGAGAUGUUUGGCGAGGGCCUGCACUGGGCGGGCUGCACCAUCAUUGCCCUGCUGGGCCAACAGCGCCGGUUUGAAGCUCUGGACUUCUGCUAUCACAUCCUCAGGGUACAACGGGUCGAUGGGAAGGAUGAAAUGGUCAAAGGAAUCCCGCUCAAGCGCAUGGUGGACCGCAUCAGGCGCUUCCAGGUCCUAAACUGCCAGAUCUUCUACGUGCUGGCGCGACACCUCGCGGCCGAGGACGAGCGCGCCGGCGUAGAACACGUGCGCUGCUUCCCGCCCCCCACCGCCCCCCACCACGCCCACUAG